GCGGUACUUCCGGUCCCGCCCCACCUACGCUCCGCCUUCGACGGGUUCACGGCUUGAUUAUAAUCAGCUGCGCUGGUCUGGACGCUGCAGCAUGGACCACACGUGUGACGAGAGGACAGAGGAUGGGAGCGACGAGGAGGAUCCUGAUUCCAUCGAAGCUCCGGCUCGGAUCCGGGACACCCCGGAAGACAUCGUGUUGGAAGCACCGGCCAGCGGAUUGGCGUUCCACCCGGCCCGCGACUUACUGGCAGCAGGGGACGUGGACGGGGAUGUGUUCGUCUUUUCCUACUCUUGCCAAGAGGGAGAAACCAAGGAGCUCUGGUCCUCAGGUCACCACCUCAAGUCCUGUCGAGCUGUGGUCUUCUCUGAAGAUGGGCAGAAGCUUGUUACUGUCUCCAAGGACAAAGCUAUCCAUGUUCUAGAUGUGGAGCAGGGCCGCCUGGAAAGACGGAUUUCCAAGGCUCAUGGGGCCCCCAUCAACAGUCUGUUGCUGGUGGAUGAGAAUCUUCUGGCCACUGGGGAUGACACAGGUGGUCUCCGGCUCUGGGACCAGCGGAAGGAAGGUCCUUUAAUGGACAUGCGGCAGCAUGAGGAGUAUAUUGCUGACAUGGCUCUGGACCCAGCCAAGAAGCUGCUGCUGACAGCUAGUGGGGAUGGCUGUCUUGGUGUCUUCAAUAUCAGACGACGCCGGUUUGAGCUGCUCUCAGAGCCUCAGUCGGGGGACCUGACCUCUGUCGCCAUCAUGAAAUGUGGGAAGAAGGUGAUCUGUGGCUCCAGUGAAGGUACCAUUUACCUCUUCAACUGGCAGGGCUUUGGGGCCACAAGUGAUCGCUUUGCCCUGAGAGCCGAGUCCAUUGACUGCAUGGUUCCAGUCACGGAGAGUCUGCUGUGCACUGGCUCCACUGACGGAGUCAUCAGGGCUGUGAACAUUCUGCCAAACCGAGUGGUAGGCAGUGUGGGCCAGCAUGCUGGGGAGCCUGUGGAGGAGCUGGCCCUUUCGCACUGUGGCCACUUCCUGGCUAGUAGUGGCCAUGACCAGCGCAUCAAGUUUUGGGACAUGGCCCAGCUGCGAGCUGUAGUGGUGGAUGAUUACCGUCGGCGUAAGAAAAAGGGAGGGCCACUGCGGGCCCUGAGCAGCAAGGCCUGGAGCACUGAUGACUUCUUUGCAGGACUGAGGGAAGAGGGAGAGGAUUCUGCAGUGCAAGAGGAAGAGGAAAGUGAGGAUGACAGUGACUGAGGGGAUCAGUUGAGUCUCAGGACUGGCUUUGCUUCCUGGAAUGGAGCCCCAGAACUCAGGGAACUGAUGUGGGGAAGUACUUACUUGCCCUGUAGCAGCUGCUCAUUCUACCGGUAUUAGAAACAUGCUAAGCUGGGGCAAGACAGCACAGACACACAUGUACACUAACCAGGGGUUUAAUAUAAAUACAACCAGCACAGAAAAGCUUGAACUCAAAACUAUAUAAACCAAAAUCAAAAUGCCAUGUAGUCCCUACCAUUUGGCUUAGCCAGCCCCCCCAAAUAAAAACCAACAAAGAGAAAUCAAAA